AUGGUGUGCAACUUGCACCAAAACCCUGGCAUUCGACCCAUAGUCAGCUUUCUGUUGCCCACGCUCCUUAGACGUGGCUUGAUGUGGGUGCUUCUACCUCCAAGUCGUCCUCAUCAUGACACCCGAACUGAACGUUACUUGCUUGACAAGGAGCAUUUGCAUGGAAUGGGCCUGUGGCAGUACCCCCAAUGCACCGGAGAGCAACCUUAUCCUUUGUAUGGCCAGUCUUUGACAGAGUCCAUUCGAAAAUCACUUGCUGGGAACGCGAUGCACAUGGCAGUGGUCGGAAGCUUGUGGUCCAUAAUUCUCACUCAUUUGGUCUUUUUGGAUUGA